UUGACCGAUGACGGUACUCCGAAACUUAAGAUAUUAGGCACAUACGGUACUCCGAAGCUUGUAUUAGGCAUAUAUGACGCUUCAUAUGUAAAAUUAAAAUUUUCUGAUGAUGAUGGUGUUUUGACACUUAAAAUAUUAGAGAAUGAUGAUGACGUUUCAUAUACGGAAUUAUAA